UGCCGUCCGCUCCGCUGGGCUCCGCUCCGUGCCGCCGAGGCUGCCCCGGUGCCGCUCCGCCGCCGCGCACAGGUAACCGCGGAGAAGCAGCGAGCGGAGCCGAGCCGAGCCCGCCCGGGCGCGAUGCCGCGGGCCGCCCUUCGCUGCCGGGGCCGCGGGCGCUGCGACUGCCCCGGGCGGCGCUGCCACUGACAGCCGAGCUGCCACCGCCGGGACGCGCGGACUUCCCCCUCUUUGUGUUUAUUCUGCCGCCCUCGAGGUACCGCUAUCCUCCUCCCAGCGACCGCGGGCAGGUCCUGGCUGACUCUGGGAUUUUUUUUUUUUUUUUACCCUUCCAGCUCGAUUGCCUGUUCUGAAAGUAUAUUUAUUUAUAAUAAAAGAGAAAGUCGAGCCACAAAUCCAGUUCGUAUCGCAUUCCCCGUUCUGUGGAGUCCGGUUUAUUUCUGCGGUUAAAAAAAGUUUACUCCCCCUCCUCCAGUUUUAUUGACACUGAGGAUGAAGAAGGAUUUGCAAAUGAAAGCGCCUUGAAAUACAGCAUCUUUUGGAGACAGCUCUGCAGUUCUCCAGCCCGUUAAAUCUCGAAUUCCACCCUUUGCCCCUGCUGAAUCCACUGUUCUGCCCUUUACUCUCUGGGGUAAAAAACCAACCAACAACAACAAAAACCCGAGGGGAAAAAGAAUACCUUUGGCAGCAGGGAAGCUUUGUGUGACUGACCCAACGAGCUACAAGUGUCCAGUUUCUGAAAAGAAGAAAACCCUUUUGUCUUCAGCAGAUCAGUAGAGUUAUUUUGGGAGCGAGGAGAGUAUCAAGUGAUCUGGCCUGCUGAAGAGGAGCCUGAAGCCAUCUCUGAGUGGAGAUCUUGGAUUUGCAGGAGGAAAGCUGAGUGUGUCCCCCCAUGUGGCAGAACUGCUCCUCCUUACCAGGGAACUCCAAGUGAAGGACAAAGGUCAAGGGCAGCUUCUACAUUCCACCCAAAAGGCACCACAGUUUGAGAUGAGGAAUUCAGAAGAGCAAGCAGCUACGACAGUUUUACAGCGCCUGCUGCAGGAGCAGCUCCGAUACGGGAACCCAAAUGACAACCGCAACCUUCUCGCCUUACACCAGCAAGCCACAGGGAAUGCCCCCCCUUUCAGCAGCACUGGCAGCCCGGCCUCUCAGAACGAAGGGCUGAGCUCCCAGGACCACCAGCUCGUGACUCAUGCUGCCCGCCAGGAGCCCCAGGGCCAGGAGAUACAGGUGGACAACAGCAUCAUGGAGAAGCAGCUGUCGCCGCGGCUCCAGAACAGCGAGGACCUCCCGACCUACGAGGAGGCCAAGGUGCAGUCGCAGUAUUUCCGGGGCCAGCCGCACGCCAGCGUCGGGGCGGCCUUCUACGUCACGGGCGUCACCAACCAGAAGAUGAGGACUGAAGGGCGGCCCACGGUGCAGCGGGUGAGCCCGGGGAAGGUGCACCAGGACGAAGGACUGAAGGACCUCAAGCAAGGCCACGUGCGCUCCCUGAGCGAGAGGCUGAUGCAGCUGUCCCUGGCCACCAGCGGGGUCAAGGCCCACGCGCCCGUCACGAGCGCGCCGCUCUCCCCGCUGUCCCCCCUCUCUCCCCAGCAGUCCAGCGACCCUUACAAAAAUUCUGGCUCCAAUGAGUUCUACAAGAACUCGGUGCAGCCCCCUUCCCAGGCCAGCAUGAAAGGAAUGGAGCAGCGGGGGCCUCCCCCAGAGUAUCCUUACAAAAACGUGUCCACCCCGUCUAUGAACUGCAAACCUCAGGACUCGGGGCAUUUCUAUAGUGACCAUCGCAUGAGCCAGCAGGGAAGAUCUGAUGGGCCUAUGAUGAGGUAUCAGCAUCCCCCUGAGUAUGGGUCAGUCAGGCAGAACCCAGAUGUGCAGCUGCAGUUACAACAGAGACCACCUCACCACCACAGCCCAACUUCUUCCUUGACAUCCCUGGGAUCUUUGACUUUGCUCCAGUCUCCGCCACCCUCCAGGCUGUCCCCUUCCCAGCACCAGCAACCUCUGACUCCCAGCCAGGCAGAUCCUGGCAUUCUGCCACGGACCCAGCAACCUUUCUUGUCCAACCCAGUCCAUCAGGGAGAUCUGUACCGACUGUGCCAGCCCUUCCUAGGCCCGCAGCAGCAGCAAGGCGACUCCUACUCCGUGAUGCCCCGGGCCCAGCAGAUCCCUUCCCCCUAUCAGCAGAUGCAAGUAGAUCCUUUUGCCAUCGUUUCCAGGGCCCAGCAAAUGGUGGAAAUCCUGUCGGAGGAGAACCGGUCCCUACGACAGGAGCUGGAUGGGUGCUAUGAGAAAGUGGCCCGGCUGCAGAAGCUGGAAACUGAAAUUCAGCAAGUUUCAGAGGCGUACAAAAACCUGGAGAAAUCAUCCUCUAAGCGGGAUGCUCUGGAAAAGGCCAUGAGAAACAAACUGGAAGGAGAAAUUCGUAGGCUUCAUGAUUUCAACAGGGAUUUAAGAGAACGCAUGGAGACAGCCAACAAGCAGCUGGCAGAGAAGGAGUUUGAGGGAUCUGAAGACAAUCGGAAAACCAUCUCUCAGCUCUUUGCACAAAACAAGGAAACACAGCGGGAAAAAGAGAAACUGGAAAUAGAGCUGGCUGCUGCACGCUCCACCAACGAGGACCAGCGGAGACACAUCGAGAUCCGAGACCAGGCCUUGAACAACGCUCAGGCCAAGGUGGUGAAACUGGAGGAGGAGCUGAAGAAGAAGCAGGUCUAUGUUGAGAAGGUGGAGAAGAUGCAGCAGGCCUUGGUUCAGCUGCAGGCAGCGUGUGAGAAGAGGGAGCAGCUGGAGCACAGGCUGCGCACCCGGCUGGAGAGGGAGCUGGAAUCUCUCCGCAUGCAGCAGCGUCAGGGCACAUCUCAAGCUGCCAACGUCUCCGAGUACAACGCCACGGCGCUCAUGGAGCUGCUGCGUGAGAAGGAAGAGAGGAUCCUUGCUCUGGAAGCUGACAUGACCAAGUGGGAACAGAAGUACCUGGAGGAAAGUGUGAUGAGACAGUUUGCUUUGGAUGCAGCUGCGACUGUGGCUGCUCAGAGGGACACGACAGUGAUCAGCCACUCGCCCAACCCCAGCUACGACACCUCGCUGGAAGCUCGCAUCCAGAAGGAGGAGGAGGAGAUCCUGCUGGCCAACAGGAGAUGUCUCGACAUGGAGGGAAGAAUUAAGACCCUGCACGCUCAGAUCAUCGAGAAGGAUGCCAUGAUCAAAGUGCUGCAGCAGCGCUCCCGCAAGGAGCCCGGCAAGACAGAGCAGCUCUCCUCCAUGAGACCUGCCAAGUCCCUCAUGUCCAUCUCCAACGCUGGCUCGGGCUUGCUGUCCCACUCCUCAACGCUGAGCAGCACCCCCAUCCUGGAGGAGAAGAGAGAAGACAAGAGCUGGAAGGGCAGCCUGGGUGUUCUGCUGGGAACAGAAUAUCGCUCCGAAUCCAUCCCCUCCACCCCUUCUCCUGUCCUUCCCUCCACACCGUUGCUGUCGGCCCACUCGAAGACAGGCAGCAGAGACUGCAGCACCCAGACAGACCGGGGCAGUGAGCAGGGCAAAGCUGCUCCUUCCCCUGCAGCUCCCACCCCAGCACGACUCCCCAGCACCAACCUGACCUACAGUGCAGAGAAAACAGAUGGGCCACUCUUCCACUCCAGCACUCUUGAAAGAAAAGCCCCUGUUCAGACUGUGGGGCAGGACCUCCCAGAUGGAGAGAUGGUAGAAUACCUCAUCUGAAAGGCUGUACCAGGAUCUAAGCUGGGAUAACAGUAGCAAGAAAUUUUUAAAAGACAUUUUUGUUGGGAAAAAAAAUGUAGUACCUGAGUAAUAAAAGAACACUCAGCUGUUUGCUCUUGUAUAUUAUGUCUCAAAAGUUUGGACAGGUUAAUUUAUAAUUUGUUCUAAAUUAUAAAAAACCCGUAACAGUUGUUCUUUGAAAGUUUCCCCCUUUAUUUUUUAAAUACUGGAUCUGAUAACAUCUGCAGAAAAAUACUAGAACUUAGGUGCACUACAUCUGAUAUUUCAUUUCAGUGUUUUUAAAGUCUCUUAAGCAGAAGUACCUGCUCUCACAGGUGCUGGUUACAUGUCUAGCUUGAAUGUAGUAAGGUGAGCUUAAUGGCCUUAAAAUGGCCUCAGAACCAGGGACAUCGUUGUGAGCAUCACUUAAUGGUUGUAGAAUACAGGUGUUCUGGGAAGCUUUUAUAAAUCUGAGCUGUGAUCAAGGGAGAUUUCCCUUUUCACUUCCUCUUUCUUCUCAGUGUAAGAACUCAGAAUAGGUAUUUCAUGUUCCUAGGCUGAAAAGGUUUCCAUUUUCAGUGUGGUAACAUUUUUUUUUUUACUUCUCAAAUUUCUUUCUUUAUUAUUUCUAUAUUAAAACAAGUGACUCCGGUGAUUAAUGUCGCAUUUCAUAUUUGUAGUUCUUUUUGCAAGAUUUGCCACACUUUUAUACUUAAGUACUUUUUCAAUAAUUUGUACAGUGGAUAGUAAAUAAUAUAUUGCAUUCAUGUUUUACAUAAAUUAAUAAGAAGAAUUUACAGGCCCAGCCCUGAUCUGUUAGAUCAGAUUUCUGACAUUGUAAUUCCAUUGGCUUUAGUGAAACUACUCCAAAUUUACCAUAGUUCAAGUGGGAAGCCCUGUUGUUUUUCAGAGUUAGCAGCUUAAUCUACUGCAUCUGUGGAGAUCUUUCUCUGUAGCAGCCUUUUCUGUAUUUCAAAUGGCCUUCAACUUUGUACGUCCCUCCUUUCUGGAGAGACUGGAUUCUUUUUCAUAUAGCAAAGCCUCAGAGGUAGAGCUUUAAAGAGAAGCUCCAUGCAAAGGUUCAGAUGGCAGAUUCUCUCCUUCCAAAAUAGUUCUUUAAUUCAUCUGAGUGGAGAGAGCAGCUUAAAGUCCCAGAGGCAUUACAGAAGACAGUUACGUGUUUAAGUCAUGAGGUUCACCUCCAGAUUUUUGGGAACUAGCACAGAUGCAGCAGUGCUUUGGUUACAGAAACUAUAAGAAGAGAUUAAGACCAAUAGAAGUACAUGAGUAUUUCUUUGUUACUGUCUUUGCAUUUUAUUAAAACACUUCAAUAUUAA